AUGGUGAAGGGUCAGAGCAGCUCCAACGGUACCCUCAAAUUAGAGAAAAUACCAUUUUGGGGGACCACUUUUGAUUUUGAUUGCUCCAACCGGUCCCUCAUAUUCACCCGCAAAAUAAGGAAACUCUCACAUCUUGAUCAAAGUUGGGGAGACUCCACUCUCCCUCAAAACAUUAAAAAUUAUUAUUUUCUCUUUCCUUCCUAUUUUCUCUCCAUCUUCGCGCGACCUUGCUCCUCUCCUGACCUAGAUCGGCACCACCACUUAGAUCGGCACCAUCAAAGCUUUCGUAACUAUCGCCUGCCUCUGCGCUUUCCUCCUCUCUCCCAUCACCUUGAAGCAUUUGACCAGAUGGAUUCGCAAAACAGUUCAUACUUCACCAGCCUAUUAAGUGGAGGAUCAAGUACCGAUGAUCCCUUGUUUACCCAAGAUUAUGGUGACGUUAAUGAGUAUAGUCCCAAUGUGCCUCAAGUCACCAAUACCCCUUCCAAUACCUCUUCCAUUGCUAGGAAGAAUCAACGGGGAUCCAACUUUGCUAUAGAUGAUGAUAUGAUGCUCAUUUCGGCGUAUUUAUUUUAUCUGACACUGUUUAUGAAAACAGUAUCCCAUACUGUUUCACUAAAAUUGAUUACACUCGAGGAAAAGAGGAACCGCCUCUCAUUCAAUAUCCAUCUAUUAGAAACCAACUAA